AUUGACUUGGGAAAAAGAAAAAGAAGAAAAGAGAAACUCAAAAAAGAGAAGCUCAUUGGAAAGAUCUAGAAUCUCUACAGCUCCCCCGGAGACUCCCAAGAGAUUCGAACAGCAUUCGUGUAGAGUGUGGAGUUCCUCUGAGCGGCCGGAGACAUUGUUUACGAUCCGCCGCACGCCACCGUGAGUGUCGACCCGCAAUUUCACCCAAUCGCGGGGAUGGGGUCUUAUGUUUUGUUGCCUCCUGCACAUCGCCAUGUGGAUCCCCUUCAUCCUGAGAUUUUGGAGCAAAAAUUAGCUUCUCAGAAAGAAGAAAUUGAGCAGCUCGUUGAAGAUAACCAUCAAUUGGCAUCUACUCACGUGGCCUUGAGGCAUGAUCUCGCUGCAGCUCAGGAAGAAAUCGAGAGACUCAAAGAACAUAUCAGGAGCAUACGAGCAGAAAGUGAUAUCCAGAUUCGUAUCAUAUCGGAAAAGAUGGCGAAGAAGGAAGGGGACAUUCAAGCUUCUAAUAGGUUCAGGAAGGAUCUUCAACAAGCCAUUAGCGAGGCGCAAAAAAUAGCAACGACUAAUCGAGAGUUGAGUGCUAAAUUAGUGCAUGCUACAGAAGAACUGGAGAAAGCUCGUUCUGAGUUGAAGAACUUGCCACAAAUGCAAACCGAGCUCGAUAAAUUGCAGAAAGAAUACCUAAAGUUGCGCAAGACAUUUGACUAUGAGAAAGGUCUAAAUGUAACUCAAGUUGAAAACAUGAAGCUUAUGGAGCUCGACCUUGUCGGCAAGGCCAGUGAAUUGGAAAGGUUGCAGGCUGAGUUGUUAAAUGCCGAGAGGAAAGUUCAAGUUAAUAACUCGUUUGUUCAUCCAUAUACGCACCAAAUGUCUCAUCCUAUGCCUAGUAACAUGGCUUACCCGGAUGGAUAUGGAAUGCCUCCUCAUGCCACCCAAUUGGGUAUUCACCAUCCCUUGGGAGAAGGGAUAAUUCCCUAUGGAGCUGCUCCUAUCGGACCUGGUGUUGGAAGUGCAAACUUUGCCUGGGGACAACAAAGACCUUAUUAGAGGCUUGAGGCUUCUUCACAUGGUAGGUUGUAUAUUGCAUUUCCCUUUCAGCUGGAGAUUUCUUUUGUCUUCCCCAAUCCCCAUCAGUAAUUACAGAGAAAAAAAGCAACUAGUGGUGGUAAUGACGUACCAUGUGAAUUCUCUCCCUGUUUGCUUCUGUGAUCCAUAACAGGCACUCAAACUCUUAUCAUUUUGCUUUUGAUUUGUUCUGGAGUAUGCAGAGCAUGAUGACUUGAAUCAUAUACCACUAAUGCCAGUUUGCGGAUUAUGAUUUUGUAGUUUCUUCCCCCCCCACCCCUGCCUAGACUCGCUUAACAUGUGUUUAUUCCAUACUUAAAUGAGAGGGAAUGAAGAUACUUUUAUGAGAAGGUUGCGUGAAAG